ACUUUUUUUUUACAUUGUGGCAUUUUCUCUCUCUUUUUGCCAUCCAAGUCAUGAGUCCUACCAAAGAGGUUUCUAGAACAAAAAUUUAUCUAUUGUCUCAUUUGCUCAUUGACUAACUUGGGGUCAGGGUUCUUACAAAUUUAAAAUGUAGAGAUGACCCAUCUUGGAUUAUCUUAUCUUCGCCUCCUUCAAAUAGUUCGAUAGUCUCACAGUGGUCGGAAUCUCCUUCUACAUUAUCGUCCAUCUCUUGGAUCUUCAUCUACAACACCAAUUCCUAGAAGUCCCUCAAAUCCUCCAUCGACGUAGCCACAAAGAAGCUUGAGACCAUGAAAAGAGUCCAAAACCCAACAAAAUCAAUCUCAAGAAAUCAAAAACCAAGAAAAAUUCAUCACGUCAUCAAGACUACUCUAAAAGAAUCCAGUAGAGAUUUCUCUAUAUGGAUCUCAAAUCCCCUUUCCUCCUUCGUUCGCUUCUUUUCUCCUAUCUCGCAUUCUUAUGCCCAGACAUCAGAAGCGUGUGAAGGGAGGACCAAUCGACGGAGUAGGCUAGCCUUGUGGAGGGGAAGCUCACCAGAGAAGAUAACAGCUUGUCUUCCCCGGUGAGAUUUUUUUUCCUUUUUUCUUUUCUUUUAAAUUGUUUUCAAUGAGCCUUCCACCCAGUGGCGUCAGGCGAGCAUGAGACUGAGCUCGAAGAUAACUCAAAUAAGCUAGUAAGUACUCUUUUUUUUUGUCAAAGCACUGGAGUGUUUAAGCUCAGAAAUGAAUUUUCAAUGUCGUGUUCAGAGAGUUUCGAGAGGUGGAGCACUAGCCCAAGCUCAAAGCACAGAUCCUAGUAGAUUUAAGUUGUUUUCAACAUUUAAGUACCCAAAGUAGUUUAUGUAAUUGCUUCUUUGAUUUCCUUUUGCGCAAUAAACAUGAACUUUAUUU